AAAUCGUCAAACUUGGAAAAAAGAUUCGGAGAAAGAAAAGUUGAAAGUCCCGCCCAAAAAUUUGGGGACGACGAUGGCUGAUCAGGAGAAAUUGGACCAAAUCUGCGAUGAAUCUUCGGCGGAGGUAUCAGGCACCGAGAAAUCAACGGCGGCGGAGUCUUCAGCUACUCCGGUAACAACGAUCCACACGCCUUGUGUUCUGAAUCGGGCUCCGUCGACACCGCCAAGAAGCACGAUCGACGCUGCUGGGAGUUCGAAUCCGGCGACGGAGCUACCGGAUGAAGUGAAGAAAGAACGCAUCGAUCAAUUCCGACGCUUGGUUCAUGGAAUGUCUCUGCAAGAAGUCGUCACUUUUCUCCAACGCUUCAAUUGGGAUUUAUCCGCAGCCUUAAACCAUCACUUCGAACACCGAGAGCCGCAGUUGUAUACGUCGUCACACGACUAUGAUGGUGAUGACGAUAACGAUGAAGGUUAUGAUGAUCAUGAUCUUGCCGCGAUGAUUAAAAAGUCGUGUGUGGAGCGGAUUUCAGAGGCUUUUAUUCCGAUUGGGUUCUCAGAAGAUGUCGAGAUGAUGGACCAUACACUUCCGCCACUUACUUCUGUUGGAAACUCUCAAAUCGGGAGCUCUCCUUCUUCUUCUGGUUUGAUGAACGUUGAUGUGCCUGGGAUGGGAGAUUUACAUGAUUUACCUAUAAUGUCUUCAUCUCAAGUUCAGAUUCAGGGAAGUAGCAGUUCUGCUCAAAUCAGGAAAGACCAGCUUCCGCCAUAUAAGAUUGAUACAAUCUGCAAAGAAACUGGGGUGUGUCGAUAUGAAGCACUCUAUUACCUCCAAGGAUUUGAUUGGGACUUGGCUUCGGCCUUGGAGGCUUGCCGAAACAGUACCUUGCCUCCCCUCAACGCUGAAUCUUUGCCAAAGGUUUCUGUGAAUGAGGGAUCCGUGGUGCCAACAUCGAGGCCAAUGGUGACGAAUUUACGUCGGAGGAUUAUGAAUGAUUUGCGGAUUCAGCCAGAGCAACUACCGCCUAAGUCAGAUGAACUGUCGUCUGAAUUGAGGGCUGAGAACAUCAAGUCAUUCUGCGAUGUGACUAAUGCGCCUCCAGAAGUCGCAGAGGUUUACCUCGGUCAAUGCAAAUGGAGAGUACAGGAUGCCAUCAACUCUUUCAUGGACGAGUGCUUUGGAAAUUCGAAUACGCAGCGUAUCUCGAUGGGGCAGUCAAGUUCAAAAUCACAGUUUCAGGCUUCCAAGAGCUCUUCUUCUAGUUUCAUGAACGUUGAUCCAACCGAGACAGAAGGGUCAAUACUCAAAAAAGCUAGUGAUGAAGGUGUCCCCGUAGCUAUUCCUCCAUUGGCAUCGUCUCAAGUGGAUGUAAAAUUGAAGGGUAAGGCUGUCGAGGAAGAUUCAAGAACGGAUACUAUUACAAUAAAUUUCACAUUUCACGAUGGGACAGAAGCAAAUCUUCCUUUUAGAUUAGACCAAACCGUCAGAGACAUCCACAGUGCCAUUGAAGCGCGAAGACCAUAUGACAGGAGCGACUUCUUUCUCAUGUCUAAAAGUUCAGACGACUGCAAGGGUGCUAAUAUGGAUACACCGGUCGCAAAAUUUUGUAAAGGUUCUACAAGUUUCAUGCAGGUCUAUUAUGAAUAGCUUUGGUUUUAUACAGUUAUGAUUGGUCGAUCAAACAGAGAGAUACGGAGGGAGAGAGAGGAAUGUAUAUGAAUUUAGAGAUGAUUCUUGUCUUGUAUAGCAAGGAAAAAAAAGUAGAACAGAGGAGCUUCAUACUUGCUUUUUGAAAUAGGAAUGGAUAAGGAGAGAGUUCUUAUAGCUUUGAUUAUGUACAGUUGUUACUGCGAUAUAUGAAACUGAAACAACUGUUGUUCCUUUUUUUAUCA